AUGAAUUCGCCGGAUCAACAUCGGAGUUUAAAGCUGACGAUCCCCCAGUCAAGCAGAUCUCCAGGGCUGAUGCUUUUUCCGAGAGACGGUGGUUGUGUGCUGUACGACCCUAUAGAAGGCAAUAUCCAGACUAACCUGGGAGACUUUCCAGGGUGUAGGUUCCUGGCAAACUCGGGCAACUGGCUCUUGGUGUUAGAUUCUGGAUCCAAUUUAUAUAUCAUAGACGUGUUUAGUAAGGAAACGAUCCCUCUUCCAUCUCUAGAGUCGAUUGAGUCAGCUGAUUGUAUUGUCAAGCGCGUGGGAGAUAGAGAAUUUAUAAGGGAUGAGUCUGGCGCUAUUUACAAGGAUCUGAGUGCUGAUGUGGUGAGGGGACUUUUGUGGGUUUCGGAGAGUGGAAAAGAGUACGUCGUGUUGUGGCUCUUCGACCUCCCUGGCCACUCUUACAUGAGCUUCUGCAAGAAUGGGGAUUCUCAUUACACUGACAUUCCUCUCGUUUUCGAUGACUAUGCCUUUCACAAGUAUGAUGGCUUGUCGGAUAUGGUGCUAUGUGGUACCCGCCUCUACGUCUCAACAAGUCGUCGUUUUGUUCGAGUCUUUGAUCUGUCUGGACCGCAAGGUUUCUUCAAGGACAUUACCGGUCAAAUACCAUUCCCAAUGCUUUCUCAUCAUGAUUACGCCUACGAUUCUAGCAUUGCGGUUACAACAUCAUCAGGAGAGGUUUUGUUGGUUGAGAGUGAUCCAUCCAGUAGGACCUGGUUCCGCCUCUACAAGAAGGAUCCUGAUGUAGAAGACCCAGAUCACGCCUGCCACACGGUUACUGAGGUACAUUCUCUUGGUGGUGAGGCUCUGCUUCUUGACUUGGGUUUUGCUGUGCCUGCUAACAAGGCCCUUGGUAUCGAACCAGACUCCAUCUAUUUCACCCGUCACUUUCGUCCCUGCCAUUGCUCACCUCGCGACCUUGACAUCUGUGUGUACAAUCUUGCAACGAAGACCCUCCAUCGCUAUCACAAUCUUAACAAGAUGGAUCUCAUGGAUGCUCGAUGGUUUCUCCCUUCUGGGAAUUAA